UAUAAAUCAAUUAAAAAAUAUCCCACGUCCAUUGUUUUCCCUAGUACAGCGACACCGGUUUUUACGUCCUACUAACGGAUCCAGAUUCGUCCAUACCAUCCAAAAAUGUCGAGCACAAAUAGAACCGAGCAAAAGGCCCGGAAAGGUACGGAUCCUUCUAUUACAAAGGAGACCGUGUCGAAUGAAGAGUUUCUCAAAGCUAUUGCCUUAGCCGCAGAAGGAUUGAGUAAACAAGGUCAAGGAUCCAUCUAUUUGGAACAGAAAACCUUAUCGCCCGAGUACAAACAUAUUGCUGAUUGUACUGAACCAUUUGUUAUGCUGAGAGCAUUCCGUUCUUCAGGAUGGUCAAGAAAGACUUUUGUUCCGCUGUCUAAGGCAACCUCUUUCUUCGCACAGUACGCAGAAGUCUGUAAAUUGAAUAUGGACAAGCUUAAGAAACGUGACCGGAAGAAGAAGAACAAGAAAAAAUCAAAUCAACAGGCCUAAUCAGUUUGACUGUGAUUACGUAUGUGAACAAACGCACACAGACUGUGUCGUCCAGCUUUUGAGGGCAAUCCUGGUUGCAGUCUUAGUGUUGCUUGCUAUUCAAAAAGUGUAUAUGAUGUUUUAGUAUCCAUCGUUUUCAUAAUCAUGAAUACUUGUUAAUUAAAUUAAGAGUUUUGAAAGCAUCUAUUGCGUUCCUCUUGAAAAUUGUUCUGUUUUUUAUUAUUGAAGAUUGAUUCUCAGUAGCCGCGG